GGGUGUCAGAUCUCAUGGAUGAUCAGAUCUCAUCGACUUCUCCUUCCAUGUUCUUUGCUUUCUACGCCACCUUCCCUCGUAAAUUGUCCUACCACCAUCACCCCCAUUGACCACCCUCAAUUCAACCCGCCAUCGCCAUCAGAGCUCCUCCUCCCUCCUCCUCCUUCUCCUCCUCCUCCGCCACCGGCCCGGCGGCCGACACCACCAGCUCAACAUGUCGAGAUCAAUCCUCCUCCUCCUCCUCCUGGCUCUCAUGUCGAUGCUCGCCCCCUCCUCGGCGGAGAUCAAAACCCUAACCAUCUCCUCCGACGCCCGGCCAAUGAUCCUCUUCGAGAAGUUCGGGUUCACUCACACAGGCCACGUCACCAUCUCCAUCUCCGCCGUCUCCGUCGCCUCUGCCCUUACCACGCCGGACCCCUCCCGCCUCGGCUUCUUCCUCCUCUCGGAGGAAUCCCUCCUCCAGGUCCUCAUCGAGAUGCAGCAGAGCGCGCAGUUCUGCGUCCUCGACUCCCACUACAUCAUCUCUCUCUUCACCUUCCGCGACCUCUCUCCGCCCCCUCACGCCUCCUUCAACCAGUCCUACCCCGUCACCUCCCCCAACGAGUACUCCCUCUUCUUCGCCAACUGCAACCCCGAGAGCCGCGUCUCCAUGAACGUCCGCACCGAGCUCUACAACCUCGACCGCGACGGAUCUAAGGACUUUCUAUCCGCUGGGCGGACCCAGCUCCCCACCCUCUUCUUCCUCUUCUCCCUCGCCUACCUCGGCUUCCUCGGCUUCUGGAUCUACCUUUGCCACCAGAAUCGUCGCUCUGUUCACCGGAUCCAUCUCCUCAUGGCCGGGCUCCUCCUCAUGAAGGCUCUCAACCUCAUCUUCGGCGCCGAGGACAAGCACUAUGUCAAGGUCACUGGAACUCCCCACGGGUGGGAUGUCCUCUUCUACAUCUUCCAGUUCAUCCGGGUGGUCCUCCUCUUCACGGUCAUCGUCCUUAUUGGGACGGGCUGGUCCUUCCUCAAGCCCUUCCUUCAGGAGAAGGAGAAGAAGGUCCUCAUGAUCGUGAUCCCUCUCCAGGUCCUCGCCAACAUCGCCUCCAUUGUGAUCGGCGAGACUGGCCCCUUCAUCAAGGACUGGGUUACCUGGAACCAGGUCUUCCUCUUGGUUGACAUCAUCUGCUGCUGCGCCAUCAUCUUCCCCAUCGUGUGGUCGAUUCGGUCUCUCAAAGAGACCUCUAAGACCGAUGGGAAGGCUGCGAGGAACCUCGCAAAGCUGCAAUUGUUUAGACAGUUCUACAUUGUUGUGAUCGGGUACUUGUACUUCACAAGGAUCGUGGUCUUCGCACUGAGGACGAUUGCGGCCUACAAGUACCAGUGGGUGAGCAAUGCCGCCGAGGAGAUCGCAAGCUUGGCAUUUUACAUUGUGAUGUUCUACAUGUUCAAGCCUGUGGAGAGGAAUGAGUACUUCAUCCUCGACGAGGAGGAGGAGAAGGAAGCUGAAAUGGCUCUUAGGGACGAAGAGUUUGAGCUGUAACUGCAACAGUAUCGACCGGUAAGCAGAUUUCAGUCAGAAAUCGUCGGGUUAUCUGCUACUGCCACUGCUGUUUUGUUAUAUGCGCCCACCCCUUCCUUUUUCUUUAUUGAUUUUUAUCUUUACAAUCGUUAGCUUUCGUGAUACGAGUACGUUCUCACGCGAUAGUUGUUCUGUAUCUCUGACUAAUGGAAUUUUGCUGUCAUUGUGAUGGUAAUCAAAGUGUUGAUUAUAGAGUUGUCUUCAUGUUCUUUUCCAUGAUUAUGUUAA